UCCCGGUCAGGCGAAACAGAUCAUCGCCAGCGCAACCGGCGUCGCGCGAAUUUUAGACGAGGAUACAACAAAACCUGCAUGCCUACUAUAAGACAGAUAGUUGACUGUCUCGUUGCUACUCAUCCAAUCCGAGCCUGUGGUCCCCGGCUUCUUCUUUCUGCUAUAAACUCUAAUCGAGUUACUAAUGAUUUUAAUCAGGACACUAGCAUGGUCGCUAGCAACAACAGUAGCAACAACAACAACAACAACAACAACAACAACAACAACAACAACGAGAACAUUGAAAGUUAUUAAAAUACGCGGAAUCCAUAUCACGAUCAUUCUUACAUCUAAUUUCGCUAUUAAACUAACUAUUUUUAUAGGACUAACUGUUUUUAUGUGUCAGCUUUUCUAAAAAUGAAACAGAGAUUUAAUGCAUAUUAGAAGUAUUAUUCCACACUAAUAAGGGGAAUCCCAGAAGUGUUCAUCGAAUUUUUUAAUGCCAAUUUUUUCAGUGAAUCUUGAGGUAAAAAAAAUAUACGUGUUGCGGUGUUUAUCAACAUGCAGCUUUGUUUUCGAGUUAUAAAUUUUUGAAAAUCUGAAAAAUUUAGAUCGCAUUAUUUUUCAAAAAAAAAAGCUUAUCAAGGAACAUUUAGAAAACGUUAAUUUUUAAAAAUAAAUAGAGCAUUUCGAGACUCCGUUAUCUUGAAACGCACGUGCUGUUAAUAGUUUCUGUGUGUAAAACUAAUUUUUUAACCCCCCCCCCCUCCCCGUUUGAAAAUGUUUUAAUAUUGUUUUUGUAGGAAAUCUUAUAAUAUCGAUAUUUGAAUUGUUUGAAAGAAAGUAUAACAAACACAACAAAAUACAUAUUUUAAAGAGAAAGAAAAGUUACUGAACCUCGAAUGCGAACCCGAUUCGCUGGAUUGUUCAAUUUACAUAUUUUAAAGAGAAAGAAAAGUUACUGAAUCUCGAAUGCGAAC